UGAAAGAGAGCCCUAGCCUGAAGGUGUUAAAACUCUGGGAUUUUACUAACUACAGAAUCGCAAUGGCCCCCUGGGCUGUGGACUUUGCUGAUGGCCUCGACCGUUUUCCGAGGCUUGAAGAACUCUCGAUCCAAGGGCACUGGGAGUAUUUCUUUUCGCCCGAAGACCUAAAACAGAUGGGUUCGAGAGGGUUAUGGAAGAACCUGAGAAUAUUGAGGAUCAAGCCUCAUACAAGAAUCCUUCCGCAUUUCAUCGGUUGCGUGCCUUCACUCGAAGUCCUUGAAACAUCAGGGCUUGAAUUCAUGCUAUACCAGAUACAUGAACUGAAUUUCUCUCCCGCUCCACUGGGAGUCUUGAGAAAGCUUCAUAUCGAAGGCCCCGAGGCAUUUUUACGCUGGGAAGAUAUGAGCAGUGUGUCGAAGACUCUCACUCAUCUUACUCUGCAUAACACGGACAGGUUCACCCACUGUGGAGACGGCUUAGACAGAUGGGUUUCUCCAUUUCGUAACUGGAUAGCUGAUCCUCAUGCGCUGCCCGACAUCGAAGGAUUCAACUUAACGUUUCCGAACCUGACUCAUCUUACCGUCGACAUGUGGCGGGAACGGAAAUGGCCGUAUCUAUUUCUUGCUUCUCUCGCCCAAUUUAAGAAUCUGCACGAUCUUACCCUGUUCGUGGAAUAUUCCAAACGCAUUGGAGGACGACCAGCGGCCAGCCAAGAUGCUUGUCGUCAUAUCUUUGAAUAUGUGCAGGAUCGUAAAAUUGGGAAUAGACUUCAUCGGCUGGUGCUCACAGAGACUCCUGAAGCUAGCUAUCACUACGCUGAGUACCUGAGAAGUCCUGUCCGAUACCCGACACCGAUCCGAGAUUUCAUCUGCGCAUUGGCUUUCAAUGGCGAAUUGUCAGUGCACGAGGAAAAUUAUCAGUGGGUUUCAGAUCACUGCCUCUACACUCGCGCGGAACCGCAAAUAGAGAAGCAACUGCAAUUUUCUUGGAGUAGUCCUGCUAGUAUCCGCACAUACUUACAUUGGACUUGGAAGACGCGUAAGAGCGGGCAUAGGAGAACAUCUAGGCCUCUAUGGUCAGGGCGGAGACGCGUGACGCCGUAGAGAAGGGAAUAGAUGUCUUACGUGAGGCCUCUUUUUAUCCCAUCUAAUACACCGUGGUAAAACAUCAGCUCGCAUAAGUAGAUUAGACGUACAUAGAUGCUAGCCCCGGAGUUCCUUAUCGUGCACGAUAUCUCGACUUACCGUAGCCGUCCACAAAAUACGACUCUCCCCAUCAGCUGAAAUACUUGAACGAGGAUAUCAAAUGUUGGCUAGCCAAACACUAGAUAUAAUACUAGGAUACGACCUGAGGCAGUGUAUUUUGCCCGCUCGGUGCGCCGCCUCAUAUUGUGCUGAGGUAUUGAAAAAGUAGCACGGCGAGUUCUUUAUGAUCACUCUAAGCCCCUUGUCAAUUGCGCU